UGGUGAGGGCACACCCCAUAACAGAUCUUUAAAAAGAAUUACCCUGAAGUGAAAUAUAGCCAUGGAGUAUUGGAAGUGUGACCUCACAGGCGUGAGUGCGUCUCUUCAGCCAGAAAGAUGUCACUACUCAGGAAGCUACAACUUCUUCUCUGGAAAAACUUCAUCUUAAAGAGGCGGAGGACUCUGGUGACAGUCCUUGAACUCUUGAUGCCGUUGCUGUUUUCUACCAUCAUCAUGUACCUUCGUUUCAAUAGUGUGCCAAGAAGAAGGUCCUCUACCAACUACAGUGCCUUCGAUAUCAGCCUGAUGCCGGGCUUUUUCCAUCACUUCCCCGUGAGACAUAAUUACCAGCUGGUUUACAUCCCUUCCAAAAGCGGGGCUCUGAGGACCAUCGCUGAAAUGGUGGAGCAGAGCUUUGAUGUUGACUUCGAAGUUCUAGGCUAUUCUUCGGAGUCCUCGUUUGAGGAUUUCAUAAUAAAGGAUCCCAAAGCUUUCUACGUACUGGCAGGAAUUGUUUUUCGCCAUCACUUCGAUGACCGCCAUGAACUUUUGCCACUUGCGGUUAAGUACAGCUUGCGCUUCAGUCACAUUCAGAGGAACUACGUACCGCUGAAGCAUAUAUUUUUUGAAGACCAAGAGGGCUGGUGUACAACCUUUCUUUAUCCUCCCAACCUAAGCCAAGAGCCCCGGGAACUUCUCUACUCCGAUGGGGGCAGCCCUGGGUACCACAAAGAAGGCUUCCUGGCCAUCCAGCAUGCUGUAGACAAAGCCAUCAUGUGGCAGCACACUCGGGAUAAGACCAGCGACAUGUUCGAGGGCCUCGACGUGCUUCUGAAGAGGUUUCCGUAUGGCCCCUUCAUCCAGGACAGGUUCUUCCUGGUCCUGCAGAAUGAGUUCCCCCUGCUCCUCAUGCUCAGUUUCAUCUGUAUCGAGCUCAUCAUCAUCAAUUCCGUAGCUCUGGAGAAGGAGAAAAGACUGAAGGCGUACAUGUGCAUGAUGGGCCUGGACAGCUGGCUACACUGGGUCGCUUGGUUCAUCGUGUUCUUCAUCUCGGUUCUCAUCGCUGUCUCCUUCAUGACCAUUUUCUUCUGCACUAAGGUGGAAAAUGUGGCUGUGUUCAGCAACAGCGACCCAAGUCUGAUAUUCGUUUUUCUAAUGUGUUUUGCUAUUGCUACAAUUUUCUUUGCGUUCAUGAUCAGCACGUUUUUCCACAGAGCCCACGUUGGAACCGUGCUGGGAGGCAUCCUCUUCUUCCUCACCUACCUGCCGUACCUCUACCUCACUUUCAGCUACCACCAGAGGAGCCACUUGCAAAAGAUCGCUGUCUGUCUCUUCUCCAACGUUGCCAUGGCCCUGGGAGUCCGAUUCAUCUCCCUGUUUGAGGCAAAAGGCGUGGGUAUCCAGUGGAGGAACAUGGGCAGCGUGGGAGGGGAGUUCAACUUCACGCAGGUGCUGCUAAUGCUCCUGCUGGACUCCCUGCUCUACUGCCUGCUCACCUGCUACGUGGAGUCCGUCCUCCCCGGGAAGUACGGGACGCCCAAGCCCUGGUACUUCUUCCUUCUGCCCUCCUACUGGCGUGGAGAACCUAAGCCAGUCCCCAAACUUCUGCUGGACGUGGAGGACCCUGCAGAAGAUCCGAGAAGUGAGUUCAUGGAGGAAGAGCCUACCAGUCUGGAGAGAGGGAUCGAGACCCAUCACCUAGGCAAGGUGUUUUACAGAAGGAGGGUUGCACACGUCGCAGUCAGAGGUCUGACCAUGAACCUGUACAGGGGCCAGAUCACGGUCCUCCUGGGACACAAUGGAGCGGGAAAGAGCACCAUCUGCGCCAUGCUGACAGGUCUUAUCCGCCCUUCCAGUGGGCAGGCCUAUAUCGACGGGCACGAGAUCUCAGAAGACAUGGCUAAGAUCAGGAAGAGCAUGGGCUGGUGCCCCCAGCACGACAUCUUGUUCGACCAUUUCACAGUAGCAGAACACCUUUCUUUCUACGCUCAAAUGAAAGGCUUGCCACAGCAGCAGAGCCUGGAAGAGGUGGAGAGGAUGCUGCACACCCUGGGCCUGGAGGACAAGCAGGACUGCUGGAGCCUGUUCCUGAGCGGGGGCAUGAAGCGCAAGCUGUCCAUCGGCAUCGCCCUCAUCGCGGGCUCCAAGGUGUUGCUGCUGGAUGAGCCCACCUCGGGCAUGGAUGCCAUCUCCAGGAGGGCCAUCUGGGACCUUCUGCAGCAGCAGAAAAGCGGCCACACCAUCCUGCUGACCACCCACUUCAUGGACGAGGCCAACCUGCUGGGGGACCGCAUCGCCAUCAUGGCCAAGGGGGAGCUGCAGUGCUGUGGCUCGUCGCUGUUCCUCAAGCAGAAGUACGGCGCAGGGUACUACAUGACUCUGUUGAAAAAGCCUCACUGUGACACAGAUGGGACCUCUCAUCUGAUUUACCGGCACAUACCGAGCGCAAGGUUGGAGUCCAACACUGGAGAGGAGCUGACGUUUAUACUUCCCAAGGAGGACAUGGGCAGGUUUGAGUCUCUGUUUACUGAGCUGGAGCAGAAGCAAACAGAGCUGGGCAUUUCCAGCUUCGGGGUCUCCGUCACCACCAUGGAAGAGGUCUUCAUUCGGGUUUGUAUGCUGGCGGAUGCCACCAUAACUGUCCCCACCCUCAGGCAUGCCUCUAUCCGGUCCCGGCCGGUGAUUAGUUCAAUUCCUGUUGAAAGAAUUAGACAGUUUCAUUCGAGGAUCUUCUCGAUACGGACUGGCCUUCCCAUCAAACCAAACACUGGGUUCCAUCUCCUCUGCCAACAAUUCUAUGCCAUGUUCCUGAAAAAGGUGACUUAUUCUCGCCGCAACUGGCUGCUGAUGCUCUCGAUACAGAUCCUGGUGCCGCUGCUGAUCAUUGUGCUUAGCCUCAUGUUCUUCAGCUUCAGAGCCAGGAGCAUGGAGAGCGUCCCCCUGGAGCUGACUCUGACAGCGUAUGGCCAGACUGUCGUUCCAUUCUUUAUGUCCCAGAAUUCCAGGCUGGGCCCUCGGCUUGCGGAGCGCUUUGCUAGCAUGCUUCUAGCCGAGGGCCACACCCCUCUGGAGGUCUCAGGCUCCAUCGAGGAGUUCCUACUGAAGACGGCGGAAGAGAGCCCUGAGGAGUUCAGCAAGCUCUACGUGGUGGCGGCCUCCUUCGAAGACGUGGGGAACCGCACGGUGGUGACGGCGCUGUUCAACAACCAGGCGUACCACUCCCCCGCCCUGGCGCUUUCUCUGGUGGACAAUUUUCUCUUCAAGCUGCUUUCGGGUGACAGGGCUUCCAUCAGCACGUCCAACCACCCGCAGCCCCAGUCAGUCAAGGAGACCUCGGAGAACAUCCUGUACCAGGGCCCUAAAGGACAUUACCUCGUGAUCAACCUGCUUUUCGGAAUAGCGUUCCUGUCCAGCUCCUUCUCCGUCUUGGCCGUCAGGGAGAGGCGCAGCAAGGCCAAGCACGUCCAGUUCAUCAGCGGCAUGACCGUGGCCACGUACUGGUUCUCCGCCCUGCUGUGGGACCUCAUCUCCUUCUUCAUCUUCACGCUGCUGCUGCUGGCGGUGUUUGCCUACCACGAGGAGGAAGCUUUCUCACAGCGCGAGAACGCCCUGGCCGUCACCCUGUUGCUCUCGCUCUACGGCUCCGCCAUCGCGCCCUUCACCUACCUGGCCAGCUUCUUCUUCGACAGCGCGGGCAGCGCCUGCGUGAAGCUCGUCGUGCUGCUCACCUUCCUGAGCAUCGGCCCCUUCAUCCUCGUCUCGGUCACGAGCGAGCAGGGUGAGGACUGGCACGCGGUGUUUGCCUACCACGAGGAGGAAGCUUUCUCACAGCGCGAGAACGCCCUGGCCGUCACCCUGUUGCUCUCGCUCUACGGCUCCGCCAUCGCGCCCUUCACCUACCUGGCCAGCUUCUUCUUCGACAGCGCGGGCAGCGCCUGCGUGAAGCUCGUCGUGCUGCUCACCUUCCUGAGCAUCGGCCCCUUCAUCCUCGUCUCGGUCACGAGCGAGCAGGAGCUCGGCUACGCCACGGUCUCCGAGUCCUUGGACCGCACCUUCCUCAUACUCCCAGGGCACUGCCUGGGCAUGGCUUUCUCCAACUUAUAUCACAACUUCGAGCUGCAGAAGUUCUGCAGGACCAAGAACCUGAGCCAGACUGACUGCAACGACGUUUCGGAGGGCUAUGUGGUCCAGGAGAACAUCUACGCCUGGGAGUCCCUGGGCAUGGGGAAGUACCUGGCGGCGCUGGCUGUCUCAGGACCGCUGCUCAUCACCCUGCUGCUCAUCGUCGAGACCAACACGCUCUGGAGACUGAGGACUGGGCUUGCUGGCUUCUACAGGAAGCACACUUUGGCCGAGGUGCAGAAUGUGGCGUUGUCUGAAGACCAAGAUGUGAAGGAGGAGGCGGAAGCCGUCAAGACCCACUUGGAAGCGCUGCGUGAGAGGAACCCACUGGUCGUCAAAGAGGUGUCGAAGGUCUAUGUCAAGAACGCGCCCCUGCUGGCCGUGAACACGGUGUCCUUCACUGUCCAAGCAGCGGAGUGCUUUGGCCUUCUCGGCGUCAACGGAGCCGGGAAGACGUCCAUCUUCAGAAUGCUGACCGGCGAGACGCCCAUCACCUCCGGAGAUGCCUUUAUCAGGGGCCUCAGUAUCAGCGCCAAAGUGAGGAAGGUGCGGCGGUGGAUCAGCUACUGUCCGCAGUUCACCGUGACGGGCCGUGAGCCGCUGGUCAUGUAUGCCCGAAUCCAGGGCAUCCCUGAGCGCCACAUCGGGACCUGCGUGGACCAGAUUCUGGAGGACUUGGUCAUGGGCACGCACGCGCACAAGCUGGUGAAGGCCUACAGCGGCGGCAACAAGCGGAAGCCGUCCAGCCCAGCCCUCACGGGAACCUGGUCUCUCCUCGGGGCAGGCAGCGUCCUGGAAGACGAGCACCAAGGCAUGGUCCACUACCACCUGCCCAGCCGUGACCUCAGCUGGGCCAAGGUGUUCGGCACCCUGGAGCAAGCCAGGGGGACGUAUGCGUUGGACGAUUACUCCGUCAGCCAGGUCUCCCUGGAGGACAUCUUCCUGAACUUUGCCUGUCCUCCACACCCCACGAUAAACCAAAACGAAGAGGGGCAGGCAGAGCAAGCGGGUCCCUCAUCACCCUCUCCAUCUCCCUCCCAGCCCCCUUCCCAGCCCCCUUCCCAGCCUCCCUCCCAGCCUCCCUCCCAACUGCCUUUGCCUCCCUCCCCGUUGCCCUCUCAAGACUGUCCAGCUGUAAUAAAUCCUCGUGCAAAUUAG